UAAGCAUGAUGACUAUCAUUAAUAUGUGUCAGUACAAAAGUGAUCUGUUUUGAUGUCAAAAACUGAGUGAAUCUGUGAUAUAUAUUAUAUGGGAUGGACAUUUUCGUGUAGCUAUAUAUAAUAAUAUGGGAGUGGGGGUAGAUGCACAUGCGCAUCGCAGGCAUCACAGGACAGCAGGAUAAACUUCAUUUGUAGGUUACGUUAGUUGUCACAUUGUAUGCGUUAAGUUUGCAUACGGGAUUGAAUACAGAAAUACUUAUUGGUUGUUGACGUUGUUCUUAACAAGUUUUGAAAUUCACAAUGGAUGUAGAUUUUAAAGAAUUGUCCAAUGAUCAAGACAUUGUUAAUCGUCUUACGCAAUUCACCAAAAGCAUUGAUCAAAUACAAGAGGUUUUAAAGUUUGCAGAAGAACCAGGAUUAUAUGAUAAACUUUGCAAUGAAGAAAAAAUUAAGUUCAAUCUUCUUAUGUCAUUCAGUUUAAAUAGCUUAUUUUGGAUGUAUAUGAGAGCAGAAGGCAUCGAUCCUACCAAGCAUCAAAUUAAAUCUGAAAAUGAACGACUGAAGCAAUCUAUGAUUAGAGCAAAACAAAUUCAUGAUAGAAACACAAUAAUGCCAAGGAUAAACAGAGAUGCUGCUCAGCGAUUUGUAAGAAGUGGAUUGUGGGUUCCAGUGCAAAGAGCAGAAGAGAAUUCAAAUGAAAACACGAAUGAUCAAACAGAAGAAAAUUGGGAAGGAGAAUCUUGAAACCACCGAGACCACUGCUAAAUAUUUUUUUAUUCUAUUUUUUAAUGAUUUUCUACUUGUAAAAAUUUGACAAGUCUGACAUCGACUUUAAUAUAGCAUAUAGUAAUAGUACAUAAAUUGACUCAAUUUUUAUAAAUAAAAAUAUUGUUUUAUAGCGA